AUCGCCUGCCCCUGCGCCCCUUCUCAGGCGAGUGUCCUGGGAGCGAACGCCGAGGACGAGGGUCGUGCGGCCGGGCCGGGGUGCCUGCGCAGCCGGCCGGAGUCGGCAAGAAGCUGGGGAGCGCCGGGGAGAAUGCAUGCAGGGAGGGAAGCCAGACAGCUCUGGCCGCCGCACCGCUUACCCUUGGCCUUGGGGGAGGAGUUGGUCUGACACAAAGAGCACACGCUGCAGUCACCCUUCCGUGAGCUGCCGCAGGGGCCACUCUUUCGGGUUUCAGUGCCAGGAGGAGCCUGGCGGCCACUGAUAGGUGCGGCCGUCCCAGUUUCCAGGGGAUGGUGGCGUCUUCCUGACCGAGGAGGGGUGUGAGGCUGCGGUCCGGGGCCUGCAGGGAAGCUGCACCAGGAGGAGCCCCACGGCCCGGGGACAGUGCCGGCGGCCACCGUGGGAAACCGAAGCCGAGCCGCGGGCCAGCUGCCCGGCCUGCUGCUGCUUUUGCGUCCCAGGGUGUGCCCUUGAGCCGUCUCCGAGGGCCAAGGUCCUCAGCUUGUGGCGUUUCGUCAGGCCGGCCGGCGCCGGGCCACGCGCUGCAGAGCACGGGCAGGGAGAGGCCUGCGGUGGCCACACCGACCCCCUGCGAGCCCCCUGUCAGCGCGCAGGCCCCAUGAGGAGCGCGGUGGACGGGAGGAAGCUGGAGCAGCUGUAUGCCAGGUACAGAGACCCACAAGAUGAAAAUAAAAUUGGAAUUGAUGGGAUUCAACAGUUCUGUGAUGACUUAAACCUGGACCCCGCCAGCAUCAGCGUUCUGGUCAUAGCGUGGAAAUUCAGGGCAGCGACACAGUGUGAAUUUAGCAAAAAGGAAUUUGUAGAUGGCAUGACAGAGCUCGGGUGUGACAGCACAGAGAAGCUGAGGGCCCUUCUGCCGAAACUGGAGCAGGAACUCAAGGACACGGCGAAGUUUAAGGACUUUUAUCAGUUUACCUUCACCUUUGCUAAGAACCCUGGGCAGAAGGGUUUAGAUUUAGAAAUGGCUGUUGCGUACUGGAAUUUAGUGCUAUCUGGAAGGUUUAAAUUUUUAGAUCUUUGGAACAGCUUUUUAUUGGAACAUCACAGAAGAUCAAUCCCAAGGGACACUUGGAACCUCCUGCUAGAUUUUGGAAAUAUGAUCGCAGACGACAUGUCUAACUAUGAUGAGGAAGGAGCGUGGCCGGUUCUGAUAGAUGAUUUUGUACAAUAUGCUCGGCCAGUCGUGACGGCAGAAAGCAAGGACGUGCGAGGACACCGGGAGCACGUGCCUCCUCCGAGGAGCCCCGGCGCCCGCACCACCUCCCCCUGCACAAGGAAAGGGCCGGCGGGCGUGUGAGGAGCUCCUCAGAAGACGCUGCUUUGGGAUGUCUGGGGAGGGUGCCCUGGCUGUCGCUUUAGGAGAUUUCUGCAUGAUUUUUAUCGUAUUUGUGAAAAAAGUCACCCAGAGCGUGUCUGCGGAGCUGCAGAGCAUGCGGUUUAACUGGCGGGUUCCAGAACACCCGCUCGCACCGUCCCUGCCGAGCCCAGCGUCACCACCCGCACGGCAGCGCUGGUGUCCUCGGCAGGACGCCGGACCUUUCCGCAGGCCAGAGCCGGCGGAACGUGCCCUAAAGGAGAUCUGAACGGGGAUCCUAACACUUCUUAGACGUGGUGCCCAGGAAAUCAAGACUUCUAUUUUCUGAAUUAUCAAAUAUCUGGAUUUAUUUAUAUUAUUUUAGUUUCCCAUAGAUGUUCAUGUGACAGUCCUUUCAUGGUCCCUGACAUGCCGCAGUCCGCGCGGUGACAGCACAGUGUGACUCCAAGGACGUUUUAUCACACACCAUUUACAAGUUGGCCGGUCUGUCCCUCCCACUGUCAUUUGAGUGAGCUUCUGAAAAAGUUUUUUUUCAAGUAUGUUUUUAGAAAAAUGUAUUUUAUUACAUUUAAAAAGACAUUUUCCCCAAAAAGUAUUUCUUUUCUGAGCAAUGGAUUAUAGAUUCAAAAACGGAGUGACGCGGUUCCUUCCGGCCCUCUGCGUGGUUGUGCACUUUCGGGAACGGCAGCCCACACCGAUGCCAGAGGCACCCAGACGGGAAGGCCCCGCCUCAUUUGCGUCUGCCGUGCACGUCUGUCACGUGUCAGGAGGCCGUCCGCUGAGGCCUGGACUCCGCUGUGCUGUCCGAUGGUGGAACCCGUGACGUUACCGGCUCCUCCUGGUGGAAAAGCCCCUGUGGGUCUGAAAAAUCACUGUGUGGACCCUGCGUCAUAUUAGAAAAGAUGUUCACGUCACAAGUGAGCCUGCUGCCCCGCCUGCAACCCCAUUAAUGAGACGGAGAAGUUGGGAUCACUUCAUCGCUGCAGACUUUCUGUGAAUGAACAGUGUGCCUAAAAUGAUUCAGUGUUUCAGGAAGCCUGUGUGCCCCGUGGGAGGCGUUUGUGUGCCUGCUGUGUGUGAACUGUUUAUCCUUUGAAGAGGAGUCUUCCAGAGAGGCCGCAGGCUGUCGGGGUGGGAGAGGGGGCCCGGGGCCUGCAGGCCACGGUCUGGGCUGGGUCAGCCCCUACGUAGGUGCACGACUGAGUCCCGCGGCAUCUCCUGGGCCUGUAGGUCCGCGUCGGCGACAGGAUGGACGGGGCCGUGUCUGCCUGCGAGCCUGUGGUUCUAAGAGAGCAUGCGCUUUAUGUGACGGAAACCUCAACAGCUUUUCACGGCCUCCGAGGCCUCGCAGACUCUCACCACCUGGGUGUUCUCGGAGGGGCUGUAGGUCUGCAACACCUUAUUCGUAGGAUUGGAAGUUACGGGAAGGGGGUCUUCUGUGCAGCCGUUCAUCAGCGGGUAAGAGAACAUGAGUGGCUGGACAGAGGCUCUUCAAGAUCACGGAUUUCUUCUGUACAUUUAAGGCGUGUGUGCCAUGAAAAGUGCUAAGAGCUUCGGAAAUGUUGAAAUAAAUUCUCCUCUCUGGUGUGGU